CAGUGUCUUGGAGUUGAGUUAGAAGUCAUGUGAGCCUGACAGCCUGCGAGCUGCUGCGGAGACAGAGCUAAAGGAGAGUGUGAGCCCAUUAGUCCUGAGCGCUGCUGGCUGGAGAGACUGGCAGAGAACUGGUGGUGUCAACAGGAGCCUGAGCCAGAAGAACUACAGGGGAGAAAAGAGAGAGCCGGCAGUGGUUGCUGCAGCUCUAGCUGUAGCUGCUAAUUCACAACAAUAAUCACAACAAUAACAAAAAAAUCAUUGCUUUGCUGCACUCUUGGUUCACCUCAUGGCGCAGACGUGCCAGCAUAUCCAGCUCUGAGACUGUCCGGCUACGGAGUAUCUGGAGGACUUAAAGGAGUUCAGCUCACCCGGACUUUGAAGAGGCACUAUACAGGAACUGACGGUCCUGUAAGGGGAAAGAGGCUUCGUAGCUUCUCCUGACUUCCGGCCUCCUUAUUCUCUUCAUUCUGCUACAGCUUGCCUCUCAAUGGAAUCCCCCGUGCAGAUCUUUCGCGGGGAUUUGGGACCGACCUGCCCCCCAAGUUCCUGCCUGCUGCCUAAUAGCAGCAACUGGUUUCCAGGAUGGGCCGAACAGGAUAGCAAUGAGAGUGACAGCUAUGAGGACCAGCAGAUGAACCACACACACAUCUCCCCAGCCAUUCCCAUCAUCAUCACAGCGGUCUACUCCGUUGUGUUUAUAGUGGGUUUGGUGGGAAAUUCAUUGGUCAUGUUUGUGAUCAUCAGAUAUACAAAGAUGAAGACAGCAACCAACAUUUACAUAUUUAAUUUGGCUAUGGCAGAUGCAUUGGUUACUACCACUAUGCCUUUCCAAAGUACUGAAUAUCUGAUGAAUUCUUGGCCCUUUGGAGAUGUACUCUGCAAAAUAGUGAUUUCUAUCGAUUAUUACAAUAUGUUUACCAGCAUAUUCACAUUGACCAUGAUGAGUGUCGACCGUUACAUUGCAGUAUGUCACCCUGUCAAGGCUUUAGACUUCCGCACUCCCUUGAAGGCAAAGAUGAUCAACAUAUGUAUCUGGUUAUUAUCAUCCUCAGUUGGUAUAUCUGCUAUAGUCCUAGGGGGCACCAAGGUCAGAGAAGAUAUGGAUACCAUUGAAUGCUCUUUGCAAUUCCCAGAUGAUGAUUAUUCCUGGUGGGAUCUCUUCAUGAAAAUCUGUGUCUUUGUUUUUGCAUUCAUAAUUCCAGUUCUCAUUAUCAUUGUUUGUUACACUUUGAUGAUCUUACGCUUAAAGAGUGUGAGGCUACUUUCUGGCUCUCGAGAGAAAGAUCGCAACCUCCGCCGAAUCACCAGGCUUGUUCUGGUUGUGGUGGCAGUCUUUAUUAUCUGUUGGACCCCGAUUCACAUAUUUGUACUGGUUGAAGCUCUGGGGAGCACCUCCCAUAGUACAGCAGCCCUUUCUAGUUAUUAUUUCUGCAUUGCUUUAGGGUAUACUAAUAGCAGCUUAAACCCCAUACUAUAUGCUUUCUUGGAUGAAAACUUCAAGAGAUGUUUUAGGGACUUUUGUUUUCCAUUUAAGGCCAGGAUGGAGCGACAGAGCACUACUAGAGUUCAAAACACAGUUCAGGACACUCCCUACAUGAGAGAGGUUGAUGGGAUAAAUAAACCUGUAUGACUAGUCGUGGAAAUGUCUUCCUAUAGUUCUCCAGGAAGAGAGGAAUUCAAUGAUCUAGGAUUAACUCAGAUCACUACAGCAGUCUGAGCCUAGAAACAUAGAAUUUUAUUUUGGAAAGACUUUUAGAAGUUCUUAUGUCAUGGAGUCCUGAUGAGGGCAAACUGCUAUGGCAAUCAAGUUCAGUUGAUUCCAAAGUUUAUACUAAGGCAAGGUUUGAAGACAAAUAGAAAAUCCAAGUAGGAAGGUACCUUCUUUAAAUCUAGGAGGUCAGACUAUCUGACAAUUUGUUACUAGGGAAAGGAAAGUCAGAUCUCCAUUUUCUAAUAUUAGACUUUUGCUUCCCACUAUUUGCUAUAGCCUUAUAGUUAGAGAUACUGUUCCUUGUAUACUUGGUUUUUAAAAAAGGAAAAUUAUUUGCUUCAAACUGAAAGUGAAUAUUUUAAGUCCAGAUCCUUGCAUAGUGGUAACUUCAAAAAUGAUGGUCACUAUGAAGUUGCUCAUCCUAUUUCCUUUUACUCUAUAUGGAUAAUAAGCAUUUCCUUUAGCUGUAUGACAAAAAUUUCAGCUUAAGCAUGGAUUGAAUUUACAUCUAAAGUGUGCAAUGUUUUGUGUAUUGUGAAAGUCUUUUAAUAUUAAAAAAAAUUCUUAGGAUGCCUGAAAUAUAGUUUCUAAAAUAUUUUAGGCUAUUUGGCACCUAGAGAUGAUGCUUUCUGGUUUUAGCUAUGAUUCUCUGGUAUUUAACUUGAAAAAUGAUUAGAUGUUAGGUCAUACUUUAAAAAAAUCUUCUCUUGAUCAUUUGUGUACAAAAAGAGAACUGGAGUCAGAGAGCCUUUGGUUUAUUAAAAUAUACCAGAGCUUCAUCUUGAAAUAUUUUGUAUAUGUAGCUAAAGAAUGGGCUGGCCCAUCAUUAGCUCUUCUUGACAUAUGUGUCUAAUUUGAAAAUAAGGCAAGCAGCUAAUUCAUUCACUCAGAGUGAUGACAUUGCUGGCAAUUAUUAUAGUAAUUGGCACAUUUCUCUAGUCAUAAAGGUAUUAAUCAUAGGAUUCUAGCUAUUUUUUAGAUAGCUAGAGACCUUAAUUGAUCUUAUAAUCAGUAUAGACCAGCAAUUUCCUGUAGAUACAGUCCAGCUUCACUCUUCUUGUGGAGGGAUAGGAAAUAUCAUUUCUGGGCAGAAUGUGGAAAUGAUAUGGUUUGUUUUUGUUUUUGUCAUGCCUUAGCUUAGAUCAGAUGCCACUUAAAGAAGGCAGUUAAGAUAAAGCCUUAGUAAACCAUGCAUUGUGAUUUUGCCAUUUGUAUUCAAGACUCUAAAGUGAGGAAAUUUUCAAAAUAAUAUAGAUAUAAUGAGAGAUGUACUUCAUUUGUGCAUUGUCUCAACUCCAAAAUUGUUUUGACAUAUGUGUGGACAUUUGACUUUAGAACUUUAUUUCACCAAAUAGGCACAGGACAAACUCCACCUAGGGUUUAAAGGAACUUAGACAUAUGCACCUCUGUGAAACUGUAAGAUAUUUUAAUUCUUCUUUCUCCUGUCUUAUGUCAAUGCUAUAUCAAAACUAAAACUUGGCAUUUAAGGAGUUAAACAAGUAUUUUCAAGCUUUACCUCAACUAUAUUAGCUUGUCUCUAUCUUAAAUCUCCACAGUACCUUAAUUAGUAUUCCUAAAUUCUUUGGACUGUGACUGGACAUAUUUCUAAUUGAAAAUUAAAGAAUUUUAUAUCAUAUUUCUUUGCCAUAUUUAAGCAUAUGUGCUUUUAUAUUUACAAAUAGCCAUUUUAAUAUUUAUUGACUAUACUAUGAUAUAUUCAAACACCUCAGCUACAGUACUAAAUGGAUAUGUUUAUACACAUAUAUGUACACAUAUGGAAAUGUGUAUAUAUAUAUAUAUGGCUUGAGGAUAUAAGACUAAAGGAAGGGUAAAGAGACAUGCUCCUUUCUUAAGAAAUAUUUACAAAUAUCAAAAUAAUCUCACUUAUUUCCUGGAGCAUUAAACUCAUCUGUUAAUAUCCUAAGUUCCCCAACUUUUUUACUCUGGGGAGUAAAUAAAACCAUUGGUAAUAAGGAUGGCAUGAGAUUCUAUGAAGUGCACAUGAAGUGUCCUCAUGCUAAUGCCCUGAUGAGCACUGAGGUCAUCUGAGUCUUAUGCCUGAAUCUGCCCAUCUCUUGUGCCAAUGAUACUAGAAUUCUUAUGCCACUCAAUAGGGCUACAUAUGCUUCUUUGCUAUUGCUGUCAAUACUUCUCUCAAAACUUUUAGGGGAUUCCUUCAAUAAGAAUAACAAUAGGGAGUCACAAAUCAAUAGAUCACAAAGUUUAGGGAUAUAAUAAUAAAAGAAGGAUAUGAUGCAUAAAUAUCUCUUUGUCAAAAAUACAACUUGCAUUUUUAUGCUCUUCUCCAAAAAAAUUUUUUUCUGAUGUGUGACAGAAGUAGCAAUAGUUGCUAAAUGCAUACUCUUGGAUAAUGGCAUCAUCAAAAUCCUCUUCUAUUAAUUUUUUUCUUUAGUAUUUUGAUGUUCCAGUCCUCUAAUUUCAACAAUAAAUCAUAGCAAGAUACAUAUGUGUCUUUCUGAAGUCAGAAUCAGACUGUCCAAACUUAGGGACUGCUAGUUUUUCCAGCAAUCAUUUCAACAUGGGUUUGUUACAGAGGUCUAAGUAUUUGAAGGAGAUAACAGUGAGAUAAAUAAGUUAUUAACAAGAAGGAUAGAUAGAAGAGUAAAUAGAAAGUUUUUUGAAUGUGCAAGAUCAUUAUUAUGUUCCUGUCCAGAAUAGCCCUUUGUAAAUAAUAUUUUUAAAUUUAUAAUUUUUAUAAAAUGAGAGAUAGCCUUUGGUAUAAUGGAUACCACACAUCCUAUCCACGUGAUUCUAGAUAAAUGACAGCUUCUCCAUGCUCUUGGAAAUUCAUAUAUUGUAGACAAGACUACAAUUUAAAUUAAAAAGGGGAGUUUCUUCACCUUAAAAUUUCUUAUUCUAAGGAAAUUAUAGGUAUAAUCCCAAGUCCUCUAGUUUAUUGAUGUGUAAUAAUAACAAAAAAAAAAAAAACUUCAAUAACAAUUUCAAAAGAUAGUUGCUUAGUUCCUAAUAAUCAAGUGCUAUAUAAGGGUGUCUCUCUGAGCAAAACUUGGCCCUCGUCUUGUAUAGUUACUCUCAUCCUAUUUAUAAUUAUUUAAAAUGUAUAAUGUAGCAAAACAAGAUAUAUAAUUGGCGUAAAAAUGAAAAUGUUUGGUGGGAUUUCUAGUAGCAAUUUCUCAAGGAGAAAACUGUGACUGGGCUUUUUGGUCCUUUCAUGAGAAUUUUUGGAUUCAGCAGAAACUUGAAAACAAUAUCUAAAAAAAGAAGGAAUUUAUUUUGCCCUAGCAAAUUCUUCUAGUCUCCAAAAAAUACUUUCUUGUUUCUUUUCUAAGCUCUGAUAGAAAUAUAUAUAUAUAUAUAUAU